AAGGAAAUGGACAACCAGACCACAGUAACAUAUUUUGUCUUCAUGGGAUUUUCAGACUCCCCAACUGUCCAAAUUUUCCUCUUCCUGAUAUUUUUGUUUAUGUAUGCUGUAACUCUACUGGGAAAUAUGGUGAUUAUAACAGUAAUAAGGAAAAAUGAUUGCCUCCAGAGCCCCAUGUACUUCUUUCUGAGUCACCUGUCUUUUUCCGACAUCUGCUUUUCAUCAGUUACCAUUCCUAAGCUGUUAGUGAAUUUCUGUACAAGUCAGACAAUCUCUUACAGUGGUUGCAUUGCCCAGAUGUUCUUCAUCCUUAUGACAGGAACAAGUGAACUUUUCAUUCUUGUAGCAAUGGCUUAUGACCGAUAUGUUGCCAUAUGCAAGCCCCUUCAUUAUGGACAAAUCAUGAGCAAAGUGUUUUGUAGAUGGCUGGUGGGAGGUGCAUGGACCACAGGUUCCAUACAAGCCUUGGUGAAUACAUUACUUCUAUUAAGGCUUGUCUUCUGUGGGCCAAAUAUUAUUAGGCAUUUCAGCUGUGAACAACCAUCCUUGCUUGCUUUGUCCUGCACUGAUGUAUCUUUGAAUACAGUGACAUUUUUUAUUACUUGUAGUAUGAUGGUAGGUUUCUCAUUCCUUAUUAUUCUGUUCUCCUAUGUUCACAUUGUCUCUACUGUCCUGAAGAUGCAGUCAGCAGAAGCAAAAAAGAAAACCUUCUCCACUUGUAGUGCCCACCUUAUUGUUGUCUUCCUCUUCUAUCUCACAGGAAGCUUUAGGUAUAUGAGGCCAAAUUCUGCCUCCUCAGCAGUUCUAGACGAACUUUUUUCCAUCCAAUAUAGCAUUUCAACUCCCAUGCUGAACCCCAUUAUCUACAGCUUGAAAACUAGAGAAAUCCAAGAAGCCUUUAAAAAGUUAAUAGGGUAG